AUGAAGUCUAGACAAUUCGAAGGAGGUUUACGUGACUCGAUUCUAGAUAAGAUUAAUGUACUCAAAUUGCUGACGUAUGUGGAUGUACUUGAUAGGACACUAAUAGUAGAGAGAAAUGUGGCUAGCCGUAAACAAAAAUUCGAAUGGAAAGGUAGAAAACAAAAUUUUAGUAAGGGAACUAUGUCAACGAACAAGAAGUUCAAGUUGGGGAAUUCUACUAAUACUGGUUCAAGCCAAAGUGGUAAUUCAACACCAGCUUGUACUACAUGUGGAAAGAAACAUGGAGGUGUAUGUUAUCGUGCGACAGGGGCUUGUUAUCACUGUGGGAAGUUUGGGCACAUUGCCAAGGAUUGUACACAACCAUGUCAGGGUGGCAACCGAGGUGCCACAAGCUCAAUUGGGUCAACUCCCACAACGAAACCAGCUGCAGCAUCACCCACCACAAGAAAUGAUCAAAGACAAGGAAGGGUGGGGGAUACUCAGAAUACUGAGGCUGUGGUGUCAAGUACAAUCUCCAUUUGUGGUAAACCUGCUUAUGCUUUAAUUGAUUCCGGGUCUACACACUCAUUUAUUUCUAUGGUCUUUGCUGAAACUUUGAAUAGACAUAUAGAAACAUUGAAUUAUAUACUAUGUGUUACAUCAUCUACUGGGGAAACCAUGCUAUGUUCAACUAUGUUUAUUGCAUGUGAAUUAUUUCUCGAGAAUGCCACUUUGUAUGCUGAUUUAAUACCUUUAGACAUGGGAGAUUUCAAUGUUAUUUUGGGUAUGGAUUGGCUAGCUAAAUACCAUGCAACAAUUGAUUGUGCCUUGAAACGAGUAAUAUUCCGACCUCUCGGGCAAGAGGAAUUUUAUUUUGAGGGAAAAGGGGUAGUCUUACCACCAUACCUUAUAUCUGUCAUGAAAGCCCGAAAACUAAUGAAUAAGGGUUGCCAAGGGUAUUUGUGUAGUGUGAUAACCGAACCCACGGUAGACAUUACAUUAGACAAUAUACCAGUGGUGAGAGAUUUUCUUGUUGUGUUUACGGAUGAAUUACCUAGCCAACUUGUUGAUAGAGAAAUCGAAUUCACAAUUGAAGAAUUGCUGGAUAAAGGAUUUAUCAGACCAAGUACCUCCCCAUGGGGCGCACUGGUACUUUUUGUUAAAAAGAAGGAUGCACUCUUCGAUUAUACAUUGAUUACUGAGAGCUCAACAAGGGAUGGUAUAUCUGUGGAUCCUCAUAAAAUUGAAGCUAUUAUUAAUUGGCCUACCCUAACUAAUGUAUCAGAAGGUCGUAGUUUUAUGGGAUUGGCAGGGUAUUACCGAAGAUUUGUCAGAGACUUUUCCAAAAUAGUCGUGUCAUUGACUCAGUUGACUCGAAAAGGGAAACCAUUUGAGUGGACGAAUCAGAGAGAAACAACUUUUCAAGAGUUGAAGACAAGAUUGACUACAGCCCCAAUCCUUUCUAUUCCCUUAGAUUCACUAUCAUCCGGCAAAGCUAAUACUGUAGCAGAUGCACUUAGUAAAAACAAUAUGGGGAAUCUUGCUUGUUUACUCACAGAUCAAAGAGAGCUGCUAUUAGAGUUUGAAAAACUCGAAAUUGAAGUGGUGCCUUUUGAACAAAGUAGCAUGAUGGCUGCAAUGUCUGCCCAGCCUGCUAUUAUCAAGGAAAUUAAGCAGAAACAGAUGAAUGAUGAGUUCUUGAAAAAGCUUUGUGAUGAACUUGACACCAAGCCUAGACUGGGGUUCAUAAUUGAAACUCUGUAUUGA